UCUAAAACACGAUUUGGUAACAUACCGACAUCACUUGCCGCAACAUUCUUUAUGAUGUUGGACAACCUGCGAUACGAAGAGAUCGUUCUGAACUACUACAGCAACGGUGGGGAUUCGUCUAAGGGGAAUGGAUUUGUACUCUAUGGAUUAUUCAUUGCUUACUGUUUUAUGAUGCCAAUCAUUUUCCUUAAUCUUCUGAUUGGUUUAGCUGUUGGUGAUAUUGACAGUAUUCGCAAGACGGCGGCCAUGGAGAGAUACACCAGUCAGGUUGAGCAUUUAUCUCAAUUGGAACGAGCUCUGCCAACGUUUAUACUGAGCAAGGCACAAAUCAUGGAAUACGUAGAGCAUCCAAACAGACCMAAAAACCUAAAAAACAAGAUCGUUGAUUUUCUGGUUAAGUUACUUUCACCUCGACAAGAACAAGAAAAGAAAUCCGAAGAUCAAACGAAUAUGGACCAACGAAUAGCUAGACACGAGGCUCAAUUAAAACAAAUUUCUUCGACAUUGAAGAGUCAGUCUGCUCUUUUGGAAGAGUUACGUGAUAUUCUGUUGGAUAGUAAAAAGACUCAGUUAGCAACCAAACUAAACAUAGAAACACCUUCUAGUGCUCAUACGCAAAAAUCCACUGUUUCAGAAUUCCAAGUUUGAUUAAACACAGUGAUGGAGAACAAUGUAUACAAACAAGUGGAUACAACUUCAGCUGUAGGCACAAUUGUCGUUCUCAUUCAGGGUACAAAGAUUCGCCAAGAGAGAACUCGGAGAAAAACACUCAAAUCAAAGAAAAACCUACCGAGACCAGAAGUGAGAGGCGAUCGAGUGAGCUACCGUUAUAUCAGCCAUGAGGAAAAUCUUUUUUGUACAAUUUUUUUUAAUUUCACUAGAAAAUUUUGGGGUCUAAAUAGAUGUAUGUAAUAAGCAUAAAAAUCAAUAAACACAUAAUACACGUUGUUUAUA